AUGAGGGAAUGCUGGAGUAGAGGAAGUUUCUGGUACUUUCAAGCCGCGAAUAGCCUGAAGGGGCUUCUUCACGUCUUUAACAAGCAUAUCCAACGCAUUUUCUGUGAGUAUCAUUGUACCGAGCGUGUGUUUGACCGGACCGUCAGUCCGUACUGGUGUGUAGGAGCCGAAAAACUGAUUCAAAAGAAGGUGGAGGAAGAGGAUGUUGUUCUUCCCCCGCCUCCGCCUAGGUACACCGUACCGGUUGCCUACGCAGCUGGAGCGUCAAAUGGCAUGGCAGUCCCAGUCGUAGAAACCAACAAUAUAAUUAGCACACCGGAGGGUGGCUGUCCGUUGCAAGUCGGAGAAGGAACCUAUCACCUUCAGGACGACCUGCACCUCGCAACGCCCCCUCCACACCCAUCCGAAGCUCCGAUCGUAAAUCCAAACCCACUUGCGACGGUUCCCACUCCUCCAACAACGGGCGUUAAGUUGUCACUGGUUAGUCUAGGUAAUCGAAAUAAGGCCCCGGUGUUUCCACUGAAGGACAGUGGGAUUGCACCACCAUUUGGAGACGGCAACCCUGCGCUAGUCGCCCCGGUUGGGAAAGAAGGAAACAAAAGAAGGAAACCAAAGAAUAACAUUGUUAAGAGUAGCUCUUCAUUUGUAUCUCGAGUCAUUACUCACGAGGCUGCCACAAAGCGACUUAACGACCGGAAUAUUGACGGACUGUUUGCUUUCGCCAAUAUCAACCGCGCAUUCCAAUGGCUGGACUUGAGUUCAAAGCAAAAGGAAGAGCCGCUUGCAAAAAUCCUAUUCACCAAAGCACACAUGCUAAGCCAUGAUGUCAACGAGUUGACGAAAAGUACAUCGCACAUUGACGUUGUCAUGGGGUCAUCUGCGGGCGAUAUAAUUUGGUAUGAACCAGUAACGCAGAAGUAUGCCCGGAUCAAUAAGAACGGGGUGGUGAGUAACUCCCCGGUGACACAUAUCAAAUGGAUACCGGGAUCAGAAAAUUUGUUCAUGGCUGCACAUGCCAAUGGGCAAUUGGUGGUAUAUGAUAAAGAAAAGGAAGACGCUCUAUUUACCCCUGAACUCAGCAGCCCCUCGGCGGAGGCAUUCAAACCGUCGAGACGACAUCCGUUACAAGUUCUCAAAUCGGUUAACUCCAGGAACCAGAAAACCAAUCCGGUAGCAUUAUGGAAAAUAGCCAACCAAAAGAUCUCUCAAUUCGCCUUUUCGCCGGACCAACGGCAUCUGGCCAUCGUGCUGGAGGAUGGGUCUCUGCGAGUAAUGGAUUACUUAAAAGAAGAGGUCCUUGAUAUCUUCCGUAGUUAUUAUGGUGGAUUAAUAUGCGUCUGCUGGUCGCCCGAUGGCAAAUAUAUCGUCACUGGUGGCCAGGAUGAUCUCGUGACAAUAUGGUCCUUCCCAGAGCGCAAAAUCGUUGCCCGAUGCCAGGGCCAUAAUUCCUGGGUCUCGACAGUUGCCUUUGAUCCUUGGAGAUGUGACGAAAGGACUUACAGGUUUGGAAGCGUUGGGGACGAUUGCAGGCUACUCCUCUGGGAUUUUAGUGUGGGCAUGCUCCAUCGGCCGAGAGUGCAUCAGGCUAGUGCUCGUCAGCGGACCAGUUUGAUUCCCUCCAACACCCAACAUACCAAUCGCCAUAGAGCCGAUAGUGCUGGCAAUCGCGUGAGAUCAGACUCACAACGGACGGCAGAUCUCAACAGUAAUUAUGACCACACUGUCCGUCAUGCGGUCGAACCGAGAGCACGGACGGCUCUCUUGCCGCCUAUCAUGUCCAAGAGUGUCGGACUCGACCCUAUCUACUGGUUAGGAUUCCAAGAAGAUUCCAUCAUGACAUCUUCCCUGGAAGGACACAUUCGUACCUGGGACCGGCCCCGGGAAGGUAUCAAUGACAACUACAAUGUUCACCCUUCAUCGCCGGCGAUCAGUGCCCCUGCUGCUAGGUCCAGAUCCGGCUUUGCCGACCCGGCCAAGGGAUCCCUCUGA